GGCCUGGCUGCGCGGCCCUAAACUCAGGAGGCGGAGCUGAGACGGGGUCGGGACUGCUUGCUAACUCCAGGACCAGAGCACGGGCUUUGGAAAAGAUCUAACAAGUCCUCUACCACUUGCCUGUGGGGAAUUUGGGGCACUUAACCUCUUUGAGCUUUAAGUUCCUGAUCUGUAAAACGAGGAUGAUAGUGCUUAUUGUGAGCUGAUCUCUGUGAAGCGUUUGGCACAGAUCCUUGCACAUAGUUUAAAUUUUUGAAAUUGAAGUAGGUCUACACAUUAGGAACUCAUGUCUUUUCUUGUAAGUAAACCAGAGCGAAUUAGGACCAAUGAGGCGAGCUCAGAGUCGAUAGCAUCCCUGUCUAAACAGGAGAUCAUGAGUAGCUUCCUGCCGGAAGGAGGGCGCUAUGAGCUACUCUCUGUCAUAGGCAAAGGAUUUGAGGACCUGAUGACAGUGAAUCUAGCAAGGUACAAACCGACAGGAGAGUACGUGACGGUACGAAGGAUUAACCUGGAAGCUUGUUCCAAUGAGAUGGUGACGUUCUUGCAGGGGGAGCUUCAUGUCUCUAAACUCUUCAGCCAUCCCAAUAUCCUGCCAUAUCGAGCCACCUUUAUUGCAGACAAUGAGCUGUGGGUUGUCACAUCAUUCAUGGCAUAUGGUUCUGCAAAGGAUCUCAUCUGCACACACUUCAUGGACGGCAUGAAUGAACUGGCGAUUGCUUACAUCCUGCAGGGGGUGCUCAAGGCCCUGGACUACAUCCACCACAUGGGAUACGUACACAGGAGCGUCAAAGCCAGCCACAUUCUGAUUUCCUCGGAGGGAAAGGUCUACCUGUCUGGUUUACGCAGCAACCUCAGCAUGAUCAGCCAUGGGCAACGGCAGCGUGUGGUCCACGACUUUCCCAAGUACAGUGUCAAGGUUCUGCCUUGGCUCAGCCCAGAGGUCCUCCAGCAGAAUCUGCAGGGUUACGAUGCCAAGUCUGACAUCUACAGUGUGGGAAUCACAGCCUGUGAGCUGGCCAAUGGCCAUGUCCCCUUUAAGGAUAUGCCUGCCACCCAGAUGCUGCUGGAGAAGCUGAAUGGCACCGUGCCCUGCCUGCUGGACACCAGCACCAUCCCUGCCGAGGAGCUGACCAUGAGCACCUCACGCUCAGCAGCCAACUCUGGCCUGAGUGACAGCCUGGCCACCAGCACCCCCAGGACCUCCAAUGGCGACUCGCCCUCCCACCCCUAUCACCGCACCUUUUCCCCCCACUUCCAUCACUUUGUGGAGCAGUGCCUUCAGCGUAGUCCAGACGUAAGACCAAGUGCCAGUACCCUCCUGAACCACUCUUUCUUCAAGCAGAUCAAGCGGCGCGCCUCAGAGGCCUUGCCUGAGUUACUUCGCCCUGUCACCCCCAUCACCAGUUUUGAGGGCAGUCAGCCUCAGGAUCACAGCGGGAUCUUUGGCCUGGUAACAAACCUGGAAGAGCUGGAGGUGGACGACUGGGAGUUCUGAGCCUCCGAAGAAGGUGCACGUUCUCAGUCCUGGAACAUGUGAGCCUCAGGGGCCCUUUCUGAGGGCCGGCCACACUCCCACCCUCCCAGGUGCAGGUUGGGUAGAAGAGACAUUUCUGCCAGGAGAGUUGGCCGCUUACUCACUGGGAAAGAAAUUCUUGGAGAGAAACCUUUUUUUACUGCUCCAGGACUUCCGAGACACCAGGGAAUCCCAGCAACCGGUGAUCAGAGGCCAGAAAUCUGACAUUCCAUCCUGGGAGUUCAGGCAACCUCUUCAGAAGAAAGAGAUGCUGUUCUGGCCCUGGAAGGCUAAAGGCCAAGCCCAGGGUUUGACUCCUUGACCUGGGGACUGUGUGACUUCCUCUUCUCACUGUAGCUGUCCUACCAGCCUAUUGCAUUCUCUCCCUCUGCUCUCAGAUCUUAGAGGUCCGUGGAGGGGUAAGCAAUAAGCCACCUGCCCCCCCCUCUCCAGCCCCCAGGCUUCUCCCUGGUAAUUGAAGGGAAGGGCAUUUUUUUUCUUGUUAAGCACCAGGUCAAGGCUGGGGCAGUCCAUCCUCACCCCUUUCAUCACUUGUGCCCCAACACCUAAAGCCUUCCCAUAGUUCCUCUGUGCAGCUCAUCCCUUUCACACCAUCUUACUGCCUCCUGCCAGCCUCCUUGAGGCUUUCUCCAAGGCCACAGUGUCUUGCCUAGCCUGAGGACUUAAGUCCUUAUGCCACGUUAGUUUCAUUGCCAGAACAAAUUAAACAUUUCAGAGAACCCA